CUUCCGUAAGACCAGCGCUCGGUAUAUAACGUGACAGCUGUCAAAAGCUGGUGCGACUUCACUCACGGAAACCACAUUGAAGGCACCCCGUGAGGAGUUAGAUUCUUGCAUUAAAUUUUUUUUAUUUGUCCAGCGAGACUGACCAAUACAGACUAAAAUGCGUGAGUGUAUUUCUGUCCAUGUUGGCCAAGCAGGCGUCCAGAUGGGCAAUACCUGCUGGGAACUGUACUGUCUGGAGCACGGGAUUCAGCCUGAUGGCCAGAUGCCCAGCCAAAAGCCAGCUGGGGUCCAUGAUGACUCCUUCACUACAUUCUUCAGUGAGACCGGUGCCGGGAAGUAUGUCCCCCGGGCCAUCUUUGUUGACCUGGAGCCCACUGUCAUUGAUGAGGUGCGAACAGGCAACUACAGGCAACUCUUCCACCCGGAGCAACUCAUUUCAGGCAAGGAGGAUGCUGCCAACAACUACGCCCGUGGGCACUACACCAUCGGCAAGGAGAUCAUCGAUUCCGUCCUGGACAGAAUCCGUAAGCUGGCUGACCAGUGCACUGGGCUCCAAGGGUUCCUGGUGUUCCACAGCUUCGGCGGUGGCACCGGUUCCGGGUUCACCUCCCUGCUGAUGGAACGCCUCUCUGUGGACUUUGGCAAAAAGUCCAAGCUGGAGUUUGCAAUUUAUCCAGCACCCCAGGUGUCCACUGCUGUGGUGGAGCCAUAUAACUCCAUCCUGACCACACACACCACCCUGGAGCACUCCGACUGCGCCUUCAUGGUGGACAACGAGGCAAUCUACGACAUCUGCCGCAGGAACUUGGACAUCGAGCGUCCGUCCUACACCAACCUCAACAGGCUCAUCAGUCAGAUUGUGUCUUCAAUCACCGCCUCCCUGCGCUUUGACGGAGCCCUGAAUGUGGACCUGACUGAGUUCCAGACCAACUUGGUGCCCUACCCUCGUAUCCACUUCCCCUUGGCCACCUACGCCCCAGUGAUCUCUGCUGAGAAGGCUUACCAUGAGCAGCUGUCAGUGGCUGAGAUCACAAAUGCCUGUUUUGAGCCAGCCAAUCAGAUGGUGAAGUGUGACCCCCGCCACGGAAAGUACAUGGCCUGCUGCCUGCUGUAUCGCGGAGAUGUGGUGCCCAAAGACGUCAAUGUUGCAAUUGCUGCUAUCAAGACCAAGAGGAGUAUCCAGUUUGUGGACUGGUGUCCUACUGGCUUCAAAGUUGGUAUCAACUACCAGCCCCCUACUGUGGUGCCCGGGGGAGACCUAGCCAAGGUUCAGAGGGCUGUAUGCAUGCUGAGCAACACCACUGCCAUCGCUGAGGCCUGGGCCCGCCUGGACCACAAGUUUGACCUGAUGUAUGCCAAACGUGCCUUCGUCCACUGGUAUGUGGGAGAGGGGAUGGAAGAAGGCGAGUUCUCUGAGGCUCGUGAAGACAUGGCUGCCCUGGAGAAGGACUACGAAGAGGUGGGCAUUGACUCUUUUGAGGAGGAAGAAGGUGAAGAAUAUUAGGCGACCAUUGUUAAUGGAGCCAAAGGUUCGUGAAAUCUUCAAGAAACCAGAGUAACAACAUAACAUUAAACUAUUCAGCAGGACUCAUAAGGAACAUAUUUGUUUUUUGUAGCCCGUUUUGUCUUCAAAUUCUGCAGCAUUAAAGAAACACGAAUGUGAUAGAGUUCUCAUGCAAUUCCCAUUUUAAAAGGUUUGUUACAGCUAUAUGCUAUUGCCAAACAAAUAAAAACAACUCAUCCUA